AUGACCAAGCUAGAUCUUACCAUCUCUGCAUCCACUCUGGAGUGUGUGGCAUAUGAUGAUCACACUGCGCAAGUAUUGAGGCUACCAUCCCUCACAUCAUCCUCAUCAGAUUCGAUUAUUAAUACUCAAGUCACAACAACAAAACUGCCCAACAUACUGGCAGAUGAACACGAGCUAGACAAAUUCAAAGAUGCCCUCAGCCAAUUGAAAGCACAAUCACAGCCUUCGUUUCAAACCAUCAAUCUGGUUUUCAGGGCUCCCAACGCACCCCAGGCGGCCAUGCCCUCGGAUAGGUCGCCACUUCAAGGAGUCUUUGCCAGUCCAAUUCGGGCUAUCCAUACCAGUGGAACAUUGCAUCUAUGUUGCUUCACACACAUCACAUUCAACAAUGCCAAUGACAGUAUCAGAAUAACUGCCUUGGAAUACUCACGCCAACAUCGAUGCAAACUGUUACAUCAAGAAUUCGCUUCCUGGUUGGUGGAAGAUCACAUUGAAAAGUCUGUCAUUGCCACCACAACAUCGGGGACUGUCGUUUUCUGGAAUCGAUUCGCAUCAUGUCUCUAUCAGUACUCUCCACAAGAAGCAUUGGGCAAAGAUAUUCGAGACUUGAUAUCCUCCAAAUUGUCCAGAGAACAAGGUGACGCCAUGAUGGCGCAAAUGGCAAAGGGAGCACACUUUUCAAGCAUGUACUUGUGCACACGCAAGGAUAAAACUGAAUUCAUGGCUCAUGUCACAACCACACCCAUUCUAGACCAACAGAAGCAAGUACAAUUCGUUAUCGGCGUCAGUGCCGAUUACAGCCAACUGCACAAUGUGGUGACCGAACUCGAGGAACUCAAUGCCAAUUUGGAAAAGGAAGUUGUGGCACGGACGGAACAAUUGCUCACACGAGAAAAACACCUAAGAAUGAUUGGCGCCGCCAUGAAAGAAUCUGAUACCGGCGUAUUGAUCACCAAUCACAAUUACAAAAUAUCGUGGUGCAACGAUGCCGUCAGUCGCAUGCUCGGAUUGAAAAAAGAUGUCAUUUUGGGCAUGUUUCCCUGGGAUUUGCCGCUACAACAGGAACGGAAACACGACAAUUUAAACGAGUCGAGCAGCAACAACCAAAGUGGCAGCAACAUGGAUUCCAGUUCUAGCAAUCUGGAAACUAGUGGAGAAGACGAAAAAGCGUCUUCGCUCGAAUCUUACUUUUUACGGGAAAAAGAAAUCAACGAGGAAUGCAUAGAAUCGCAGCCGUCUCCUUUGCCCGAAUCGGACAAGGGCGAAGACAAGAAUGGAACCACGGAUCCAGACACAACGAACAUAAUUGGGGCGGGUGUGCCGUCAUUGGAUGACGCCACAAUACCAUCUUCUCCACGGACGUACUACAAGCCACCCAAACGACCGCCGGUGGCCGCCAUUUGUUACCGAAUAGACCGACCAAGCAGACCUCUACAUGUCAUGGUGAGCGUCGAAGUGAUGCCUCCGGAAGCGCCAAUUUCCGUGAAACGAUCGAAAUCACAAUCCUCCCGUCGACAGUAUCAGGUUGGAUCCGAAUCAUCCUCGUCGUUGGCGUUCGAGCCGACCAAAGAUCAGUUGCUGAACAAAUCAAGUGGAGACCAACGAGAGCACCCGUCGUUGUUUCCAAUGGAUGAAUCGUCCAGUGUGGACGAUAUCCGGACCAGAGACGCAAACAUCAAAAAAUCAAAAACUCCACCGCCACAGAGUCGACAAUUCAUGAUCACCCUUCGAGACAUUACUGCGGAACGAAAGGCCGAAGAGGCACAACUGAUUGCCGAACGAGCAUCCGCUGCCAAUGAAGCCAAAACGCAAAUGAUGCAAAUGCUGUCGCAUGAACUCCGCACGCCCUUGCAGGGAAUCAUGGGUGUGGCGUCCACCAGCAUGAUGGACAUCGAGGACAACGAUGGAGCGAGUACAUCCAACAGCAACACCGCAACUUCCCCCAACAAUGGCGGCGUCAAAGGAGCCAUGUACGACAGUCUUUCAACGAUUCUUGCUAGUUCCCGGCUUUUAUUAACUCUGAUCAACAAUACACUCGACACUCGUAAGAUCAACGCAGACAUGAUGCAGAAGAUUGAAAUGAGCUCUGUCUCGAUGAUGCAUUGCAUUCGUGACAGUUUCCAGUACUGUGGACCCUUUGCAUCAAUCAACGAGGCCGCGUUGGAGUUGGCAGACCCAUCCGGGACCAACGUUAAGCUGCCGCAAAUACUCAGUACGUCGACCAGCAAAUCAAAUCUCUUGACGGGCGUGCUAAGGAAGAAGCACAACGUGGUUGGAAACAGGUUACGUCUGGAACAAGUGAUUGUAAACCUCCUGAGCAAUGGUAUCAAGUACACGACUCCCGGCACUGCGGUUGUAGCCAGUGUCCGCAACAGCUCACUGGCGGCAGUCCUCGAAGAAGUCAAAUCUGCUCCGUCGUCUUCCCUCAAAUUCUUGAGCGAGGAGGAUCUCAAGGAGCUUGAUGAAAAGGCCGCUUCUGGUGACGGAGACGUCGCAAUUUUUUCUGUUCGUGACCAUGGAAACGGAAUCCCCCCCGAAGAAUACGGCAAGGUCUUUGGGGAGUUUCAACAAUUGGACGUGUCGGCGGAAAAAGACAACAAGUAUGAGGGAGGCGGGUCGGGUCAGUCGAGUGGGUCUGGACUAGGUUUGAACCUCAGCAUGAAAUUCGUGACGCUCAUGCAUGGUCAUAUUUGGUUCGAGAAUUGCACCGACGGCAAGGGCGGUGUGACGUUUAGCUUUUAUCUGAAUUCGUCUCGCUCGCAGAGGGACUCCCUCUUGGCAGCUGGCGAGGAAGAUGCUGGGGGCAAGUCGAAACGCGGCUCGGUAAUGAACGAGAGCAGUCGGACCGAUAGCUUUCAAGAAGUUGAGUUGCAGCAGGAGAAGAUGGCUCGAAUACGAGUUCUGGUGAUCGACGAUAGCAUGAUCAAUUUGAAGGUGUUGGCGAGGAUGAUGACCAAGCUGAAGGUUCAGCACUGUCAGACAGCCCUCAGCGGGGCUGCAGCGCUGGAGUACCUGGAGCCAAUACGGAACGACCCCAGUCUGGUUCCCAAUCUGAUUUUGUGCGAUCUGCAAAUGCCGGGGAUGGACGGGUACGAACUGAUGGGACACAUGCGAGAAAUGGAUAUCUGUUCGGGCCCCAUCAUCAUGGCAUGUUCCGCAGAUUGGGGAUCGGAAACAGAGGGAAAAUGCCACGAUGUCGGCUUUGACGGACUGCUUCGAAAGCCCAUCACUGUGACCUAUCUUCGGGAAUUUCUGACCAAUACAAAGUUAAACUAG